UGCCAGCCGCCUUCUGGAAAUGUUCGUUUAUGUUAAGUUUGACAGCACUUUCUUCUGUGAGUAAAUCCUUGGAAUUCCUUGAUAAGCAGCGGUCAAGUACUAUGGUUCUUCUCGAACGAUUUAAGGUGGAGUCUAACAUUUUAUCAGAUUGUACAGC